CGCCUGGCAGGGCUUCCCUGGCUGGCCGCCCUUCUGGUGUGUGCACCCCAGGUGACACCAUGCUGCAGCAGAUCCUACAUGACAUGUACAUCGACCCCGAACUCCUCGCCGAGCUCAGCGAUGUACAGAAGCACAUCCUCUUCUACAAAAUGCGAGAGGAGCAGCUGAGGCGCUGGAGGGAGCGCGAGGCUUGGGAGGCCCUGGCCGAGGCAGAGGACCUCAGGCCCCCGAAAGUCAAGCGAGGUAUGUGGCUGGGAGCAGCGAGUGACAAGCACAUCCAGUGGCUCCUGGGGGCAGAUGGUGAAGUCUGGGUCUGGAUCAUGGGAGAAGGCCCUGGCGACAAGCCCUAUGAAGAGAUCUCUGAGGAGCUGAUUGCGGAGAAGGCGCGGCUGCAGGCACAGAGGGAGGCCGAGGAGCUCUGGAGACAGAAGGAGGCAGAAAUCACCAAGAAGUUUCGGGAUGCGCUGGCCAAUGAGAAAGCCCGGAUCCUGGCGGAGAAGUGGAAAGUGGAGACGGAAGACCGUAAGGCUGCCAAAGUCCUCGAGGAGCGCAUCCACGAGGAAUUCAAGAGGAAAGAGGAAGAGGAGCGGAAGCGGGGAGAGGAGCAGAUUCGCCUCCAGGAAGAGCAGAGGGCGAAGGAACUCUACUGGACCCUGAAGCAGGCCCAGCUGCAGAGCCACGCCAGCGAGAAGGAGGAGCGCGAGUGGGAGGAGCAGCUGCGCCGGUCCAAGGCUGCUGAUGAAGAGAGGAGUCGCAGAGCCCAGCGCGCCAGGGAUGAGUACCGGCGCCACUCGCUCCGUGCCAUCCAGAAGGGCACCGUCGCUGGCCUCAGCUCCAUGUUCCGAGAGCUUGGCCAGAGCCAGGAGCAGGAGGCCAGACUUGACCACCACCUUCCCGGCCCAGGGCCACCGCCACCCCUUGCCGUACCUGUCAGCAGGACUUGGGAGCGUCCACGGAGACCUGUCUCCAGGGAAGUCAUAGUCCGCUGGUUUAAGGAGGAGCAGCUGCCUCGCGGAGCCGGCUUUGAGAGGAACACCAAAUCCAUCGCCCCCUGGUUCCAUGGAAUUAUUAGCCGAGAAGAUGCAGAAGAUCUCCUUGAGAACAUGACAGAGGGAGCAUUUUUGGUCCGGGUCAGUGAGAAAAUCUGGGGUUAUACCCUCUCCUAUCGCCUGCAGAAAGGGUUCAAGCACUUUCUUGUGGAUGCCUCUGGAGAUUUUUACAGCUUCCUGGGAGUGGACCCCAAUCGCCAUGCGACGCUCACUGAUCUCAUUGAUUUCCACAAGGAGGAAAUUAUCACUGUUUCAGGGGGAGAGCUGCUGCAGGAACCCUGUGGACAGAGGGACAGCCCGCCAGACUACCAUCUGUUGUUUGAAUGAUUUUUUUUCCCCCUUACCAAUUGGACUUCUUUGGGCAUCCAGUUUUUGAACUCAAGAAUUUCCCAGCUCAAAUCCUUCCUUAUGGCCUUCUGGAAUAUCCACCACCAUCCAGUGGAUUAAGUAGAUUAGUAUGCCUCAAGGGAUAUGAAAUAUAUGGCGUAUGUGCUAUCGGUCCCUGUCCCGAUGCCCAGGACAGAAAUUGCAAAUAGCUGCUGCAACUCUUUCACGAAGAGUUUAGUUAUGACUUCAGAAGAGAAGCCUAUCUGCCCUAAAUCGAGCUCCUAGAGCACAUGGACCAUGUUUUAAUAAUCGAAAAUAAUUCCAGUGCCGAACUCCGAUUUUAACAUAUGGUAGGCAUUCGAUAAAUAUUUGUUUGAAUGAAUGCAGUUCUUCUGAAAGUUUUCCAACACUAAUCAGCAGUCGUUUCUAGUAAGUUAUUUCCUACCUGUUCCAUUUAUAAAGUCAUGGAGAGGAUGGAAGAAACGUUGCAAAGAAUUUAUAUGGAAAAUAGAGAUGCUGCGUCUUUAAUGGUGUAUGUUAUUGCCCUCAUUGAUUUUACCGUUGGAAUUACCCAAGGCUUCUGAGACCCCGCUUCCAGAAUAGGUGAUGGAUGCUGCCCUGCCUUCCUUAUUUGCCACCCCUGCUUGGUCUUGGAAGCAUAUCUUGACCCUGGUUUUACAAUAUUGAGGCAGUGGUUUCAUGCAGUCCCAAUAAAUGUGCGCAAAACCUGGGGUGAAUUAUAAAUCCAAAAAAGCCUUUGCUCUCUAGGAUUUACCCCUCUUUAUGCAGGUUAUUCAAAUGAUUACUUCUGCCUUUACGGUCCUUUGGACGCUGAUCCUUGUGUUCACUUACUCUGGCUAUGUUUUUCAUAUCAACAGGAUUCUUCCUGUGACCCCUGAAUAACUCUCAGGGGCAGUGUCUUUGCCCACACUCUGCCUUCACGUUUAUGGACAUAUGCGUAGAGACAGCAUGUUGUGAUGGGAAUAUUAUAGUGGCAUCAAGCAGACUUGCAUUCAACUCCCCACCCUGGACCUUACUAGUAUUGUAAUGCUAGAAGCCCCGUAUUUGGUGGGAGUGGGAGGAUGGAUGGACUUUGUGCCUUGUCGGUGGACGGGCAUACGUUACUUGAUGGUCACGUCACACAUAUCCUAUGUCACGCACCUCUCACAUCAUGCGUCUCUUCCGUCACGUUAUCUCUUACGCUCCAUUUCCUCUCUUGCCUCUUCUACUCUUCACAUCCUUGGCUGCUUAUUAUGCCCUGGUCACCAUCACUGUAAUCAGUUCUGCGUGGACUCUGUUUUUCACCACUGGGCCCAUCAGCUUCAUUUGAGAUAAGCCAACGCCACCUGGCCCCACGUGGGGCUCUGGGCCUCUCAUCCCCUAUGGCUGCAGACGCAGAAGACACCAGAAAACCAGCAGGAGCAGGGCAGUUAACUCCCCAUGCGGUGAAGCUUGCAUCAAUGGGAGACAGCAGCUUGAGGAUUAGUUCUUCUGUCUUCCUCCUCCGGGUGGGCUGUUUGGACUGGCAGCUCUUCCUAUGACCUCUGGGAAAACAGUCCUGCAAGACGGAGCAACUAGUCCCGAUGGAACCAAGGAGCGGCCGGAUGAGGCCCACCCCCUCCUGUGUGGCCCCCCUCCUUCCCCGCCUCGCUCUCCUGCUCCCCCCCAGGAUGGCACUCUUGAGCUGAAUGACACCACAGAGGCAUUUGCCGCAGGCUCUGCCUCUUAGGGAAAGCCAGGGAAGGCCCCAUCGUACAGAUAGAUGUGUUCGAUACUGUCAGCUUUGCAACCUGGCACCCUUCUGCCGUCUCACAGGGCCCCUGAAUGAAUAAAACCAAGGGAAGGCAGGAAGCCGGCUUCCUGAAUACGGAAGUGCUUUAAAACUAUUACCGAUUAUGGUUCGAUUCUCUUCUGUUAGACGUCGAGUGGCCUCAGACGAGCUGAAUUUUAGUUUUGGCCAUGCUACUUACAGACUAUGUGACUUUGUUCAAGUCAGUUAACCCCAUGAAAGCUUCUCAGUAUACUGAGAAGAGAGCUUUUUGUGUGGCCGUCACUGGUUUUUUUGGAGGGUCAGUUACAUGAGCAGUAGGAAAGCUUCAUCUAAAUGGAAGGCAUUGCUAAUAACAACCCCACUAACAGCAACAAUUAUUCUGGGCUCAGCAGCGAUGUGUCAGGGGAACAUGGUGUUGAUUUUCAAGGUGUUAGAGGAAGCUUCUUAUUCCAAGAACUAGCAGCAGCUCUGAAAGCAGACCAAGGGUUGAGAACCUGAACCCCUGAGCUGUUGUUUCUGUCGCUCCUAAUUAAUAUGUGAGAGACAACAGCUGGGUUUUCCAUGCCUAACACAUUUAUUUCAUUCUGUUUGGGGCCGGCACUUUCUGCACAUCUCAUAUAUUUUAGGUUUUACCUGGCCUUAAAAUAAAUUCCUCGUAAGUUGUCCUGCAAAUGAAAUUACUGUCUGGAAAACUGCAAUUUCAUCUUGAGAGUUUUAUUAUGCUAAUAAAUGUCAGGAUUCUCAAAUAAAGGGAUUGGCUUUUUUUUUUUUUUUCCCCUCCCCGAGCCCUGCAAAUAUAAUGAAAAACAGUCAGUCAGCUACAAGAUUUCGCAGAGAGAAAAUUUACAGUCUGGAACUAGAAAGAGAAGUUGUAAAAAACACUAGGCAACUUAUCGGAAGAUAAACAUCGACGAAUGGAAGGGUGACUUGGGGUCCCGGUCAGGGAGAGCCCUACGUGGCUGAGCUGGGGAGCUGGACACCUGGGGUGCAGGGGUCUGGGGAGCAUAGGCCGCAAGCGGCUUCUGGGAGUGGGAAUGGAGCCCUGGACAUGAAGACCCGGGUGCCUGGGGAGUGCGGCCCUUUUUUAUACCCUUGAACCCUUCCUUAGCCUGAGGACCAGAUCUGGAGCCAGAAAGACCUCUGUUCGGUGACCCUAGACAAGUGUUUCCAAUUCUCUGGGCCAUCGUUUCCUCUGUGAAAUGGGGUAAACCGUGACUGUCUCAGAUGGUGGCCUGUGAAAAUGUAGUCGACCCUUGAAUAAUGUGGGGGUGAGGGGUACCGGCCCCCCACAUGCUCAAAAAUCCACAUAUAGCUUUUGAGUAACCUCAAACUUAACUACUAAUAGCCUGUUGUUGACAGAAGCCUUACCAAUAACAUAAACGGCCAAUG